AUGACUGCCCCAAGCGAUACACUGCAGCCCCAGGCGAUUGCGCUGAUCUUUGCGUUUCCCGCUGCUGCGACGAUCGUGGUGGGUCUUCGAAUCUACAGUCGAUUGUUCACACGGACCUUUGCUGCGGAUGACUGGGUGAUUUGUUUUGCAGGGGUCCUUUAUUGGGCUGAGACAAUUACUUCUUACUAUGUCAUCAAGUAUAUGUAUAUCGGCUACCAUGCCUGGGACAUUCCAAAGGACUAUCCCGCUGCGCUGGCAGCAAAGUACUCCUAUGCGACAGAGCUCCUGUACAACCCCAUCCUCGCCCUCAUCAAAACCUCCAUCCUACUCUUCCUGUUACGCUUGACCGGCCAGAAGGUGAACGUGCGGAGAGCGAUCUAUGGGCUUUUGAUCCUCAACGGCGUCGCCAUGGUGGCCACCUUCCUCAUCACGACGUUCCAUUGCGUCCCCAUUGCUUCCAACUGGGACCCUGCAUCCUAUCCAAACGCCAAAUGUAUCAAUUUCGCCAACUUUGUCACCGGAACCGCCUGUGUGGCCAUCUUCACCGACGUGCUUGUGCUGAUCCUGCCAACCUGGAUCGUGUAUAACCUGAAAAUCGCGCGGGGGCAAAAGUUGAUGUUGAUUGGGAUUCUGUCCUUAGGUCUCAUAUCGGUGAUAUCCGGAAUUGUACGAGUGAUCCUGCUUGACAACUACGACCGCCACAUCCCGGAGGACUACACCUACUCCGUCCUCUUCUGCAUUUCCACUAUCGAAGUGGGACUCUCCAUUAUUGCAGCAUGCGCGCCGGCACUCAAACCACUCAUCGUCAUGAUUAUUCCCAAAGUAUUCAGCAGCAACAAGAGCCGGAGUGGUCCGCAGUAUAACAGGUACGGAGCCAGCCGAAGCGGGCCAAUGGGGUAUGAUCUCGAUCACCUUUCGCGGGCAACCGGGCGAGGACAUGGAGGAACAAUGAUCGAAGCAGGGGAGGAUGAAAGGGGAGCCAGGGUUUCUGGGGAUAAGAACGGGAUUGUCAUGACUACGGAGAUGGAAGUCCAGUGGCAUGAGUCUGGGUCUGAACGGCCGAUAAAUCAGGGCAGUAGUACGGAGAGUCUGGUGCAGCCGAGGAAAUCAUGA